AUGAAGGUAUACCAGCACCUCGUUGAUAUACAAAAGGAAAAUUCCUGGAGCUUUACGCUGCCCGAGGACAACGCUACCAAGAAACAUCGCAGAAAGAAAGGUAACUACUCGCUGGACCUCGAGAUCAUCACCAGAGAGCUUUCUGGGUAUCUUGUGCGGACGGGCCAGUCGAACGACUAUGGCAGACAGAAUGUGGUGGAGUUCAUGGAAGGACUGAAUCAAUAUAGCUUGAUGAAGAUCGAAAAGCUGGAGAUACUGAACAGACUGCCCAGAACCAUCGUUUCGCUGUUUUCGGUGAUCGAAGAGUGCGAUCAGCGGUUCAACGAGGACCAGUGUAACGAUAUGUUGGAGCUUGUACAAAGAUGUUUCCCUGUGGCGGAAGAAAUUGACAACAACGACGAGAUAUUGCAGGAAGUUGAGGAAGAGGAGGAAGAAGAGGACGUGGUGAUGGUGGAGCAGUUCGAAGAACAGGUUCUGGAGCAAGACAAUUUUUCUAAGGGCAACGAGGACGAAGAGGACGAGGACGUUGUUGAUCAUGCUGGAGCCUGUUUGCUGUUGAGGGGUUUGCGCCGAGAAGUUAGAGAACAGGUCGUUCAGCUCGUCCAGCACGUUACCUGUGCUUGGGACGGCUGCCGAAGAGUUUUGUGGAGAAUCGUCGUUGUCGUCAAAGUCCAGCAAGUUCUCGGCCUUGACCGUGUUGUUGACGAUUUCUGUCUUUGCAAGCUGCUGGAGCUCCUCCAAUUUCUUGGACUGCAGUUGUGUGUUGAUCAGUUCGCCGUCAAUGGACUUGAUGAAGCUGGAGGCAGGCUUGUGGUAGACAGACCCCAAGUUCGAGAUCUCGUUCACCAGCUCGUUCAGAAGCAGCGGAGGGAAGUGGUCGAUCGUCGACUCGAGCACAGGCAGCUUGGUCAUGAUGAUCUUCUUUUGCAAUUGGACGUCGUCCGUGGACAACACUCUCCAGUAGAUGUACGCUUUGUCUCUGACGUCUGCGUUUUCCACCUCCUUGGUAGCCUCGUUCAAAAUCUGCUGCAGAAGUUUCUGGGUGACGGGAGUCGGCUUGGUGAGGUUGAUUUUCACGAUAGUGGUCAGCAGAGCAGACUGGACCGCCGGAUCGGAGUCCUGGAACUGGGACAUCAAAGUUGUGAGUCUGUCCUCCAGAUGAGCAAUCUCGCUGGAGUACUCCCCGAUGAUCCACACGUACGACGCAAUGGCAUCACUUGUGUUGAGAGUGUCGAAUUCCAGGUCUCCGAUGAUGGUGAUGAUGGUGGUGAGAUACUCGGUAGGGUAUCUUCUGAGCAGGUUCUGCAACACGACAACCAGCUGGUCGAUGAGCGAGUCUGCACGGGAAAUGAACAGCUCGUACAACACAUCGAUGGCUUUUUUGGAAACCUUUGGGAUCUUCAUGGCCAGCUGGCCGAUUGCAUUGACAGACUUGUUGAUCACCUCUGGCUCGAUCUCCAGCGCGUAUUCACGAAGCUCGGCCAACAACAGCAGUCCGUUCGACUCGUCUGCGAGUCUGACCAGAAUGUCGAUCUUUUCCAGCUUGAGAUAUAA